UCUUUUGGUCGCCAUGUUUUUCCAACUGAAGAAAAAUAAUUUAAUCGUCAACACAUUAAAUUCUUAAUGAUUAUUAGAAAUCUUUUUAUUGGUUAUUCUUUUUUUUUAUUUUCUUUUCGGUGAAUAUUAUUUUAUUACCUGUGAGUCUAUCGGCGUGUGAUAAAUUGAUCUUUUGACCUAUUCCGAUAGCGAGAAGAUCCUUAAUGAUUAUGUUUUCCAUCAACGUCUUCUCACUUACUUGUUACGGUGAAUUUUAGAUUGUGAAUCCUGUGAGAAGCUAUUGAACUUGUUCUUGGUGUUAUUUCCGUUUUGGUGCGUUUGGUUUUUUUUCUUCUUCUUCUUCUCUUUCAUCCAUUUAAAUAUAUUGGUGAUGAUGAUGAUCAACUAUUAACAAUGAUUAGAAUUGGUUAUUGUGUUAUUAACAUUUGGGAUAUAAUUUAUUAGGACAUUUGGGAAGAUAGUCUAACCGGAUAACAAUUAGUUGUGUAACAUUUUUUUGUUUUGUUUUGUGACCAACAGGUAAUGGGAAAUGAUUGUAACAAUUGUGACCUGGAAUCAAGUGGAGUUAUGUUUUUAUCAUUUUCGAUGAUAACAAUAAGAAUGACAAUGACAAUGACAUGACGAUGACGAUGAUGAUGAUGAUGGUUGUUGAAUUGUAAUUCAGUGGGAAGAUAGAUAGAGAAAGAGAUGGAGAGAUUCUUUGAGAGAAUUGGGAUUAAUUAUUGUAUUGGAUUGUGUCAACAGAAGCUUUUGGAUUAGUUAAAGAAUAAUCUUAUUAAUUGUUCUCAUUUAGUUUACAUCAUCAACUUUCACCCUAUCCAAGGAAGGAAAAAAACGACGACAAUAGAGAGACGAUUUUGGAUACUGAUUAAAGGAUGUUGAUCAUCAUCAAUUGUUUGCAUAAUUGUGAAUAAUAAUCAUCUAUGUUUGUUAUGAUUUAACGUCAUUUCCUUUCUGAUUGUAAUCAUCUCAAAGGAAAUAAUAGAUUGAUUCCAGUUUUAUUUCCUGUAAUUGAUGUCUAUUGAUAGUAAUCAAGGUGGAAUCGAUUGGACUUAGUGGAUUGCGAAAUUACAGUCAACAAUUAAUGUCCAGUUGAAUGAAUGAAUAUUUGUAAUAUUUACAUUUGAUUUAAUAGUUUAAUCAAGUUAAUGAAAAGCCUCAGGGAAGUAAUUUACUAAUCAACCAAUCAACUAAUCGUUUAUAACAACAUUUAAUCAUGCUGAUUAGGUCGUGGUUGGAAAUUAUUAAGAUGGACUUAAAGAAAUAUAAACAAAUGAUUAACUAACGAUGAAACGAAUCAUUUUGGACAUUUGCAUGACUUGGGACUUAGAUUUCUCUUGAUCCUUGGGGAAAUUAUUAUUAAUAAUAUCAAUGUGACUCUCUCACUCUAUCUCUCUGAUUAUCUAUGGUGUUUAUCAGUUGAUUGCUUUUCUUUAACUAUCCCUAUGUUUCUUUAAUUUAUUUGCAUUCACCUCCAAUUUUCCCUCCUUCUUCAAUAUCUUCUCCAAUGUUGCCUCGGGGUAGAAAAUGUUGCAAUCAAACUGAACCAGAUAGUAAGAGUAAGAGAGAGAGAGAGAGAGAGAGAGAGAGAGAGAGAGAGAGAGAGAGUAAAUUCAUGAUGAUGAAAAAUGAUGAUUAUCGUUGACUCUCUCAUUCUCUCUCGACCCUUUCCUUACCUUUUAGGAUUUUCUCUUUUCUUCUAACUCCUUUUCCAUUUUUAAUCACUCUGAUAUUAAUGAAAUUCAAACUAAACCCCCAAGUUACAAUAUCCUGUGAAUUUUAGUACGAAUCUCUAAAUUUCGAUUGUAAUUGCUCAUUUAAUCAAAGUUUAAUUUGAUUAUUUUUCUACCUUAAAUUUAGACUAGUAAUAAUUUAGUUAAUUUCCUUUACUCUUGGUUCCCCUUUGUCCUGCUGUUGGGUCAAUUUGGACACAUCAGCAUUUGGGUUUCCUCUUUGAACUUAUUCCAUAUUAGUGAUUAAAAUUGUUCCAGUGUUGAUUGUGAUUGCAAAAGAAAAAGAGAAAACUGUUCAAAAUGGUCAUGAUGAUUUGUGCUGAUUCAAUUAAUUCAACAUCUUCUUCCGUUCUCAACCCAUGGAGUCGAAAAUUUGUCAAUUUAUCCCAAGCAAUUGAUUCAUCUAUUAAUGGAAAUGAUUUACGAUCAAAAGCCAUCCCCUUUGACACUGCAGCCUCACCAGAUGAUUUCCCUUUGAUCAACAAUCAACCCAUGGUGUUUACCCUUAUACUUAUUUACCUUUGCUGUUUGAUCAAAUUACUUCCAAAUUAUAUGUCAACCCGUUUACCCUUUAACCUGCGCCCUUGGUUAGUCGUUUUCAAUGGUCUCAUGUUUGGUGCUUAUUGGGCUGGUUUUGUUAUUUUCGUCUAUUGUUUCCCACCCUGGAGAUAUGUCAUGUACGGUGAAGCCGCCACGGUGGAAACACCUCUAACCAAAAUGUACUACAUGUACCUGCACAAUUUAAUCUUCUGGGCUCGAAUGGUUGAUUUAUCCACACCGAUCUUCAAAUUAUUAACCAAAAAAGAUUCAUCUUCUGCCAUUCUCCAUGGUGUUUACACUUCCAUAAUUGUCACCGCUUAUUCAAUGGGCUACGAAUUAGAAUCCAAAGAACCUUAUACAAUGUUACCCAUGUUUGAUGCUCUCAAAGUGAUCGUACGAAUUAUUCAUCACAUUCUAACUGCUCCAGGGGAAAAUAAUAUGCAAGGAUGUGGAUUUAGAAAAUCAACUAUCCACUGGAUUAAUAUUCUUAUCAAUAUAAUCGCAUUAAGUACAAUUGGUUACCUUUUCUCAACUAAUUACAAUUUCUCCCGAAACUUGUACUCUUAUGUUGUCUUAGUUACACUAAUGGAGACAUGUUUCCAUUUGUUUGGUAUAUUCAACAUUAAUUUGUUUCCAUCAUCAUCUAAACAAUCAAAAAAGUUAAUUGAUUGAAAAGAAACUGGACAAUUAAUUAUUAUAUUCAUAUUACAUGAUUAUCUCAAUAUUUUAACAUCUCAAAUUUUCCUAUCAAUCAAAAACAACAAAACUUCAUCAACCCUAAUUACUUUAAUUAGGUUUCAUUACACUUUAACAAUUAGUACAACUGUUUAAUCAUCAAUCUAUCCUACUAUUCAAAUUAUUUAAUUAACCAUCAUUAAUAAUUAACACCAAGAUUAGUUAGUGACAGUAUUUUCAUAAGCCAAUUUGUCAGUCUAUCUAAAGUGAUUCUUUAUUUUUACAAUUUUAUUACAAUUAAUUUAUUGUAAUAGUAAUUUAAAUAUUUUAUUCUGAAUAAAAAAAAUUACUUUUUAUUAUUAGAAUUGUUUGAAAGUAAAUGAUUAACAAAAAGUAUAUGAAAAUGCACGUAGUAGGUUUUUGAUAAUUAAAUUUACAUCGACUUUGAUUAAAGGGCUUUGUUAAUCAUUUAGAGUGAUUAUGAUUAAGCCCACCUUGUAAUCGUUUGUCAAAUUUGAUUGCUAUGCAUCAGAAAAUGAAUUGUGUGUUGAUUAUUAUCACUUCGUAUUGGCGAUUCCUUUAAUCAUCAGAUUAUCAGAUAUGGUUUAAUUUUCAAUGAUUCUUCAAGGCUGAUUACUUUUACUAUCGUCAAUUUAUCUCUCUCUCUCUCUCUUAAUCAUAAGGAAGAUGAUGAAAACCGAUAACGAAUCAAUAUGGAAAGAGUAAUAAUAAUUGGAUAUUAAAUUAAAAGACAUGGAAAAUAUAAUUCUCAAGGUUAAAUCUCCUUGAUAACAAUCGUUAAAACUAGAUAGUCACAAGGGUUGGACGAUAGUGACCAUUGAAACUGAUUGAUAAACUGGGAAAAAGACAAAAGUUAAUUUGUAUUACAUGUUAUUGAUUAUCAAUUAAUAAUAUGUAUCAAGUUGAAAAUCAAUUUAAAGAUCAGUUGGAAGCUUAACAAACCAGAUCUCAUGCCCCUGGGGCUGCGGCAUAAUUUGAACCAUGGGAUGGAAAACCUUCAUUUUGUAUUGUUUACAAUUGAAAAUUGAUUUGUCUCAAUGAAAGUCAAUUCUGCUCCCCGGUGAUUGAGUUUCUCUCUCCUUAUACUGCUGAUUUAAUCAGCUUCUUAACCGAUAUUCACAAAAUCAAUGGUCACAUUUCCGAUUUCCAUUGAUAUGAUGAUCAAUCGUCUUCACAGAUUUGAGCAACAAAUUUCCAGCAACUAUUCAUUGAUUUAAUUGAUUGGCAAACAAUUCAAUUUAGCUGUUAACUAAAUAGAAUCAAAGUACAUUAACCAAUUUCACUAGAAAUGAAAAGAUAAUGGAACACAGGAUCAAUUACCUGAUAGAUUAUUUCAUUUUCAAGAUUCUUUGGUACAUAUUCUUGGAAUUCCCCAUGAACGACUAUUAGGAUCAGUUAAUAUUUAUCUUCAGCUUUGCCCUAAGGGUAAAUCGUGUUAGAAGUUUUCACUUGGCAAAAUCAAAUUGAUCCCUGGAUUGAGGCUGAAUUUCAAGAUUUAAUCAUCAUCUCUCUCUCUCUCUCUCUCUCUCUUCAACUUUUUCUUGUAAUUUUCAAAGCCGAUGAAAAAAGUUACUUUACUCAAGUGUCGAUGGACUUUUACAUUCAAAAAUUUAUAAUGUUAUCGUUGUCGAUUUGGUGUUAAUAUCAAUUGAUCGGAAACAACUAAUCAAUAGAAUUCUAGUCUAACUUUCACUUUGAUAUCUGGAAACGGAAAUUUCCGGUUUGCAUUUCAAUUCACUUCCAGAAUCAUUAGAAAAGUUCAUUGAAUCAUAAUGUUGACAUUAUUGGAAAUUCACCUUGAUCAGUUGAUGAUUAACUUUCAACUUUAACGUAUUAUUAAUAAUAUUGACAAUGACAUUUCCUUUUCCAGGUAUUAAUCAUUUAAGUGUCUCUUUAGUACCGUUAAAAAUUGAUUAGAAUCCUUAAUUAGUUAACCAAUUCUAUAAAUAAAAAUUAACUCUUUCUUAUGAUCUUGUAUUUAGAAAACCGUUUCCGAACCAGUUUUGUUUCGUUAGCUCCUCUUUUCCGCUAUUUUUCAUGGAGGAGAAACGUUUUCAGUUCAAUGUCUCCGAUAAACAUAAACUUUUUUUUCAGUUAACUAAUUCAAAUUAACCAAAAAUCCUGUUCCAAUUAUUGAACGAUUCCAUUAAAUCCUUUUAACAUCUCAUCAGAAAUGAAAUGAAAAAUGAACACGUCGACAUGUUGAAAGAUCAAAACAAAACCCUCACGAGAAUGACCAGGGAUAAUCAAUUGACCAUCACAAUGGGAACCACGACAGACGAAACUUAAAGUACGAAAAGUAAUUGAAUUAAAAAAGUAGAAACAAUCAACCAAAUAGUUCAACAAUCAAUUCAUGAUCAACCUUUUAAAUCUCGAGAGUAACUAAUAUUUAAAUGGUCAAUAAAAAAUAUUUGGAUCAAAUAUUUUACUCGGCUAGCUGAUUGAACGAUUGGAAUCACAAUCAAAAUCAUUUAGCUGAACCAAUCUCGAAACAAGUUAAUACCGAGAUUGAUCAUAAAUGUCACUUUUUAAUUUACACAAUUAAUUUCAAGACAAAAUAAUUAAGCGAAUGAAGAUUAUGAACAAUUCUACCAGUGGCGACAUCUUUUAGAUGAUUAAAGAAAUAAACGUUCUAC